UUAUAUUGUAUUAUAAUUUAAAAUAAGUAUUAAGUAAUUAAUAUAUAUUAUAAUUCAUUGCUUCUGUUCUACUGUUAUCCAUGAAAAGUUAAAAUAAAUUUUUAUAAAGAAACUGACAAAUACAUCAUGUUGGAUUUUUAAAGAAGAAUUAAAGAUUGGACUUAAUUAAUUUUAAAUUUAUCUACAUCAAACUAUGGCCAGCCCACGAACUCGAAGAGUUUUGAAUGAACUUAAACCUAAAGAUGAAAAUAAUAAAUGUUUUGAAUGUGGUACUCAUAAUCCACAGUGGGUUUCUGUUACCUACGGUAUAUGGAUUUGUCUUGAAUGUUCUGGGAAACACAGAGGACUUGGUGUUCAUUUAUCAUUUGUUCGAUCUAUUUCCAUGGAUAAAUGGAAAGACUUAGAAUUAGAAAAAAUGAAAGUUGGUGGAAAUAGAAAUGCUCGUGAAUUCUUUGAAUCUCAACCAGAUUGGGAUGAUAAUAUGUCAAUAACACAAAAGUAUAAUACUAAAGCAGCAGCAUUAUAUAGAGAUAAGAUUGCAACAUUAGCGCGUGGAGAAAAUUGGAGUCCUACUACUUCCAUGGCUAAAGAUUUUCAACCUUCGAUGUAUUGGGAGAAUCAACAAGAAAAUUCAUCAUAUCAGGGCGAUGCGUCUAAUUCUUAUCAAAAUUUUGUUGCAAAUAGUUAUAAAUCUCAAACAGAAGCCUUCUUUGCCAGAAAACAGACUGAAAAUGCUAAUCGCCCUGAUAAUAUUCCACCUAGUCAAGGUGGUAAAUACGGAGGAUUUGGUUAUCAAAUGGAGGCUCCACCUAGAAGUUCAUCGCAAGAAUUUUUUGACACUGCAGUUUCUUCUUUAGCAAGUGGAUGGUCAAUAUUUUCUUCAUCUGCAUCAAAAAUAGCAAGUAAAGCUACAGAAAAUGCUAUGAAAAUUGGAGAAUUUGCUUCACAAAAGGUUCGUGAUGGUACUUUGUUGGAAGAAGUUGGAGCUCAAGUUAAUAGUUUAGCUGCAAAGGUCGGAGAUUUAGGAAGAAGAGGAUGGGGUGAUAUUGGGGGAAAAAAUUCACUUGAACAAAACCAAUAUAAUUCGACAGAAAAUUAUCAAAAUUCUACUGUUUACCAAAAUUAUGAUGCAGUUCAACCUCAUUCCACUGAAAAGACAUCUUUAAUGAAAACGUCACAGUCAAAAACAAAUGUAUCAACUGCAAAUUCUUCAAAUUAUGAAUGGGAUUGGGGUAAUGAUACAAAGCAAAAUGUAAAUGAAACUACGGACUCUAAAUCAGUUGCAAAAAAAUCAAGGAAUAAAGUUAAAGAAGAAGAUCUAAUUAAUUUUGGCACUGAUAAUAAUCCAUCCAGUUGGGAUUCAAAAUUGGAAGAUGAUGCAUGGGAAAUACUAAAAAAUUAAUUGUUAUUUCUGAAUUAGCAAAUUUAUAUUAAAAUUCAAGAUCUACAAAAGUCUUUUUCAUCAUAUAGAUUUUGAAUUUGUAUGAAUUACUGUAACAAGGAUUAUUGAAAUGAAUUUAUUUUUAUUUGAAUUCUACCUGUCCAUUAAAGACAAAUAUACAUAUGUAUGAAAAAGUAAAUAUUCAUUUAUAAGCAUGUGUGCACAUCUGUAUGAAUUUGUUAUACGCUUUUAAAGAGCGUAAAUAAACGAAUAUGUUGUAAAUUAAUGUAUUCUUGAGUUUUGGUUUCAAGUGAACACUUACCAAAGCAAACAGGUACAUUAGUACUAUAUAUUUAUGUUAAUA